UUUUUUUUUAUUUUUUUUUUCCUUUAUGUCAAAGCGUGUUAAAUAUACUCGUCACGAUCCAGAAGUUCACUCAAAGCGUCUAAAGCGACAACUGGAGUCAUUAGAGAAAGAUAAUCACCAACCGCUUAAUGAUGUAGAAGGUUUGAUCAGUAUUGCGCUGGCAGCACAAGAAGAAGAAGGAGGAGGUGGAGGAGGAGCCAGUUCCCGUAAAUCAAGAGGCAGAUCAAUCAAUAUUCAUUCGACCAAAGCCAAUUUGACAGCCCUUUUAGAAGAAACACCUGUCACUCCUUUUUGCUAUCAGACAUGCUCUGUUUCUCCUUCUAUAUACCCACCAAGAAACUUUUGUUCUGUAUGCGGAUUUUCAAGCAACUAUAGAUGUUUGCGUUGUGGCAUGAAGUAUUGUUCGACUCAAUGCCUUUCUACGCAUAUGGAAACUCGAUGUUUAAAAUGGACAACAUAAUAAAACUGUUUUAUUUUUGAGU